AAUGGACCAUAAAUAAAGAAAACGUUAACGCCUAAUCCCUCGAAAUGGUUCCUCUCCUUCACUGCUUUACUGUUUUGCUUACACCAGUGCUUCUGCCUUUCUUGAACCAGUCUUAGUCCACGCUUGCCUUGCCCUUUUUUUUCUCUUCAUAGUUUCUUUCAUCUUCCUUCAUUAUCGUUUUCUUCACGAAAUACAUUUUCAGAAAAGAAAAGUGAAACUAGUGGAAAUAAAAAUCAAGAAGCCGUAGAGAGUUAAGCUAUAUAGUUUGAGAAAAGAGAGAUGCUUGAAUGGAUAUAUGCGGUAGCGGCGACCAUCGGAAUUCUUGUGAUCCUUUUUAUUGUGUUUAUAUGUAGGUGGUGUUAUCAUAAAGACCGUAAAGAUAUAGUUGAUGAGAACAGGGCUGCUAGGACUGAAAAUUUUCAGGACGGGAUUGUCAGACUUCAACAGGAGAGUCUACAUCAUCACCAGCUUGAUUUAGAUAACAAGAGAAGAGGAAAUUACUAUGUUUUUCGACGUGGGGUUUCAGCAAAACCGUUAUUUAAUUGGGCUGAUCAUCCAUCUCUCAUCACAGAUGCAGUUGAAAAUGGAUGGUCUAGAUUUGGCUUCACAGGCUACAUGUCAUCUCCGUCUACAAGAUCAAGCCUGUUGGGGUUAUGUGCCGCUGGUGAUUUUGGAAGAGGAAAUAAUAUAGAGAUAAACUGGGAAGUAAGUCAGGGAUCAGCAGAUUUCAUGCAAAAGAUUAGGCUAAAUUCUGGGUCUAAAAAGAUAUGGCGUCAUCCUAUGGCUGCAGCAUCUGUUAUUAGAACAGCUUUGCCUUUGCCAGGGCCUCCCUUGGGGAAUUCUGCUUUCCCUCAGGAGGCCUAUUUCGAGAUCACCAUUUUGUAUUGCAGAGGAGAUGAUCGUGAGUCAAGUGACAAGCUGAAGGAAGGUGAGAGGACAAAAUUGAUCCAAGAAAAUUCCAAUCCAAAAGCAAAUUCAGAAUCUUUUGUCCAUGUUACGAUCAGCAGUCAUGAUAUUAGCAAGAUUGAGGAAUUAAAGCUUGCAACUAAAGAUGAUGGAAAAGGUGAAGCAGUAAUGUUAUCAGUGGGACUAACUGCAGGAGGCUCUCUUCCUUCUAAGCUGCCUGGGAGCUAUCCAGGAUCCAUCGGUUUCAAUUCAGAUGGUUCUGUCUAUCUAGAUGGAAUUAAACUUGUGUUUGAAUCUGGGAAAGAAGACUGGGGGAAAACAGAGAAGGUGAUAGGUUGCGGGUUCAAUCCUAGGCAAAAGAAAGUGUUUUUCACAUUAGACUCGGAGCUGAUACAUGUAAUAAAUUGCAAGUCUGAGGAAUUUGGAACUCCUCUUUAUCCAACUCUUGCAGCAAACGAUGAUGUUUUGGUUCUAGCUAAUUUUGGACAAAGCGCAUUUGCAUAUGCUCCAGCAAAUGGACAACGGACACCAAAUCCAUGCUUCAUUGCCCCUCUUGUAAAUUCCCCUACUGCUGCUCUCGGCUAUGAAGACAGCAAAGAGCUAUUUUCAAUGGGAAGAAUUGAUUCCCAAUGGCUUAACAGGUGCACAACCAAAGGCAGCCACAACAAUGGGACUAAUUAUCCAACAACAGAAUUUGAUGAGGAGUCUGAGGCUGAUUUAUUUGAAAUCGUCUUGGAUAAUAAUGGAAGAUCCCCCAACUCAGUUUUUUAGCUACAAGACUGACAAUGUUUUUGCAAUGAGUAUCUCCGAGUUGUCUUGAUUUUGGCAUUGAAUGCAGUGUUUCAUUUGAGAGUGCCAUGGAUUGGCCGUACAUGGAGGAAGCAUAGAGUUUCAGUAGAAGGUUGAUAGAUUUUACUUGAAUAGUUGAACCUCUGCAAUAUUUAGCAGCUUGUUCAUCAUCAAAAUACAUAGACAGAAACAGGUUUUAUGAGUAAUUGGGAUCUGAAAUACUUGAAUUCAUUUUAAGCUUUUACAUUUGUUCACCUAACCUUCUGCCUAUGUAAUUUACAUUGUAUAGUAUAGAAUUCAAUAGCAUUUAUUCAUUUUUGGAUCUUUUUGCCCAUAUUUGACCCUCAAACUCAAUCGUUUAACAUUUCAAGUAUCAAAAUCAAGACCAUCUCCAUAAGAAAAAGCAAAAAAGAGCACAGGAAAAAAGGAAUAAGGAAAGCAGAGAAAUCCCCUGGGUGGGAAGUGGUAAAAAGAUGAGAUGCCAAAUGCCAAACCUUACUCACCGUUAAAUAUUUGUCAAUGGAUUCAGCUAACCAAAACUAGUGCCGCGUCAAACUUUUGUUGGUGAAGGGAUCGGAUUUCAAGAUCAGAUGUUUCGGAAUAAAAUUUCUGGGAUACUCCCAAGUCGUGUAAUCAUCAAGUUGAGAGAAAAGUCUGGACAUCAAAACAGUCCACAUCCAAGGUUGCUUGCUUGCUUGGAAUAAUGUCAGAACCCAACAUUCAACCUAAGGCAGCUCCGUUGAAGAAAAAUAAGAAAGAAAAUGCCAGGGAUACGUAGCACUUAGUCCCAUUGAAAAUGGACUCUAAGGCAGCCAUGGGAUUUAAUCAACUAACAAAUAAGUGCAAUGGAUGAGGAUUUGGGGACUGUAUGUGUUAAUGAUAACAUGAGUAAUCGUGUCAGAUUUGGUGUUUAGCAGACCCUUAAUCAGAUUAUGAAUUGAAGUUAGGAAAUUUGUAGUUGCGUUGACUUGAAUAUAAUGUAAAUAAACACUGACGGUCCUUCGAGGGACCUGAACAAUGAGGCAUUCUCAAGAAACAGAGAAACUUUUUUUGACCUGUAAAAGGCGAGAAGAUUUUCCACCAAGAAAAAGGAGCAAUAAGAA